GGGGGGGUCUAGAAAUCCCGAAAAACGAUGGACGUAAUAUUUGAAUCUUCCCUUACCGGGGAAUCUUUGUUUUCACCUACCAGCCUACUCCGCUGAUUUUCAGUCAGGGAGUCUUACCGGGGAAUCUUUGUUUUCACCUACCGGCCUACUCCGCUGAUUUUCAGUCGGGAGACUUACCGGGGAAUCUUCGUUAUUCCAUCUUCCGGCCUGCUCCAGUACCCAUUUGGUAGAAAGCAUUACCGGGGAAUUUCUUAUUUCAGAUUCUGGCCUACUCCGCUGAUUGUCGGUCAGGGAGUCUUACCGGGCAAUCUUUUCUUCCAUCAACUCAUACAAACCAAACACAAUUUCCCAGCGCUGUUAUCUCCCGGCGAGAGCGCUACGGUUUCGAACCGGCUGCGCCAUUGUAGUAUCCGAGCUUUUCGGCUGGUCUGCCAUCAGCCGAUUUGUUCUCCCGCACUCAACUGACGAUACGUCCAUCUGCCACAAAAUUGUUCACUAAACUGGAGUACAUCUAAAUUUCCAUUCAGCACAUGCUUACGCAUGAUUGACGUUUUUGGUACAUCUCGCACGCAAGGUGUCAAGUUAGCGUUAGCGUUUUGAGAGCACGUUCACAAGCAUUCAUUCGUGCACGCUAAAAUAAUGAUAAUCGCACACGGUAUGAUAAGACUUUCAAAUUGUCCAAACUCUCAAAAUAUACAACCCAUAAGCAGUAGAAUAACUAGCCACAGAAGUCCAAUGUCGCGACUGUUUGUGUGACUAACAUCUAGUUUGCCAUGCCCUUACAGCGUCAGUAGCGGUACUAAAGGUGUCAAAUAAAUUUUGUUUACCAAAACAAAAGAUUCUCUUCAAGCUAGACACUUAAAAACAAUCAAUAAUCACAAUAAAAGUUAUAAAUUUAAAUAAAUAGGAAAAGUGACUACAGCGCCAUUGGAGUUCUAGUGUAUUUCUAUUUCAUAAGCUGACACCUCUGGCUACUAUAGUCACCUCAGGAGUCACCUGACAAAACCCCUAAAGAAUUCUACAGAGGAACACACUUAUUUAUUGCCGUUUUUCUUUUUGAACCUGGGUCAGUUCCAACCCGAACUCUGAAUAAAGAAACGUUUUCAGGUUUGCGAUUAAUCACUGCAAUGGUGUGCGUGAGUUUGAGGUCUGGUUUGACGGGUUUGACAGUUUGACUAGCUUGUUGCGUUCUGUUGCGUUUGUUGUUCGCGUCUGAUCCGCUGCGGUUCUUUUUUCAAAGGAGAAAAUAUUAAAAUAAAACAUAAAAUGGAAACGAAAUCGGUAAAUCUGGCGGAAUAUGUGCCGGCCGUGGAUGAUACCGGCAUGAUCCUGCGAGAAGGCGAAUACCUGUUCCUGAAAAAUAUUUCAAAUGGUGAAAUUGUUCAGGCCAGGUUUGAUGAUGUUGCAAAAUCGUACGGAUUGGAGGAGGGAAACCCAAGUCCUGCUACAUCGCAGCUGUGCAAAACAGUAGUAACUUGGUCAGAAGACCAAACUCGUCUACUGUUAUCUCUCUAUCGGGACAAGAUGGAGGAAAUUGGGCCCUUGAAGCGGUAUAGAAACAAAAAAGAAAUGUGGGAGAGUAUUUCGAAGGAAAUUGCUGAGCAGCUUGGCGUCUCCUUCACUGCGUCUCAAGUUGAGAAUCGAUUCAAAAAUGUUGCGAAGAAAAACAAGGAUUGCAUAAAAAACAACCGAACGUCGGGAAGCUCAAUUAUUCAGACACCGUUUGAUAAAGAGAUGUCCCAAAUUGCGGCGCUGGACGACUCCAUUGAGCCGGAAAUCAUAUUGACACCAACCUUUAUAAGAAGAAAAACAUGCACUAACGUAGCUCCGGAAGCCAAAAAGCGGAAGAAAGAAUCAGGUUCAGAUACGCCAACCGAAAACGAAGAUCCGGCAACACCAUCAACGUCCUACGCAAAAAGAGAAAAGGACCUAAAUGCUCAACUCCUUGAAGAAUAUAAAGCAGAAUGUACUCGGAAAGCCGAGAGGGAGAGGCAGAAAAUGGAACGGCAUAAGGAAAAAAUGGAAAAGCUCGACCAAUUGACCCACAUCUUGACGGAAUUAUCAAAGAAAAUUUAG